UAGACAAUACAAUUGAGAGCGCGCAAACAUAACACAGCGCAACGCCGCACAACAACAACAACAACGAUCGUACAGUUGAACAGCUGGUCCGUUGGUGGAGCACAGUGCAUCCACUUCGUCGGCGUCAAUAAAACGCGUCCGCAUUAGAAAGUCGGCCUUGUUGUUUGUUGGCUGGCGCUCGCGCGCUUUUAAAAUAACCGUUCAUUAAGCAAGCGAAUGCAACGCUAAGCGGGCGCAACACGCUCACACACGGCAAACCAAACGAAGCGCAAAGCAUACAAAGAAUCACACAUCGCGCAUUUGGAGCGUGCACAAAAGCGGCGAAACAAUUAAAGUAGUGAUUAAAAAUAUGUUAUAUUGUAAACGGCGUUAAGUGCACAUAUACAUACAUACAAAUGCAAUAGCAGCAAGAAAGCAAAUAUUUUACAACAGUUAAAUAUUUUUUUCACACGAAAAAAAAAUAUCGUCGAAGUCAGCAAUAUUUGCAGCGUAGCAAAUAUUUAAAGCGAUAUUUCCGUGCCGAUUUCAAGCGAUUACAGCCAGCAAGCGUGCAACAAAACUAAAUAAAGCGCACAAAAUGACGGUGAAAAAGAUUUGGCCAACAAGCGGCAAUGUCAAUGUGGACUCAGCAGCAGCGCCCAAGGAUGACAACGAAGUGGUCGCAAAGGGUGCAUGUUGCAUGGGCUUUGGCAUACGCCAUUUUCAAGCAUUCCUCAUCUUCCUUGGUCUAUCUGUCGCCUAUUCGUUGCGUGUCAAUCUGUCAGUCGCCAUUGUUGCUAUGACUGAUAAGGACGCGGCAAAUCCAGAUUUCGAUGAAUUCUCUUGGAACGAGAAGACGAAAUCGCUUUUGCUCAGCAGUUUUUUCUGGGGUUACAUUUGCACGCAGGUGCCCGGCGGUGCUUUGGCGCGUAAAUUUGGCGGUAAGACGACACUACUCUGCGGUGUACUCAUCUGUUCCAUAUUGGCCAUACUGACACCCAUUUUUGCGAAAAUCGGCGAUUGGCAGUUGGUGUGCGCGCUGCGUGUCGCACAAGGUCUAUGUCAGGGUAUGAUCUUCCCCUCAACGCAUACAUUGCUCUCGCAUUGGUCACCCCUUGAGGAUCGUGCCAACUUCGCCACCUACUGUUAUUCGGGCUCACAAUUCGGUACCGUUGUUAUGAUGGCAACUAGCGGUGUGAUCGCUUCAUCGGCAUUAGGUUGGCCUAGCAUUUUCUAUUUGUCUGGAGGUAUUGGUGUCGUAUGGGCCAUUGUCUGGUUCAUAUGGGGUGCCAGUACGCCGGCACAGUCGAAAUUGAUUUCACCGGAAGAGAAGAAAUUCAUUGAACAAUCGAUUGGCGUUGAAGCUGGUGAUGAGCAUCAUGCACCCACACGUACACCAUGGGUGAAAAUGUUCACCACGCCCGCUUUCUUGGUAUUGAUUUUGACACAUUGCACAAAUAAUUGGGGCUUCUGGACGCUGCUCACUGAAAUUCCCACAUAUAUGAAAAAUGUUUUCGGCAUGGACAUCAAGUCGAAUGCGCUACUCUCUGCUCUACCCUAUUUCGCUAUGUUCCUCAUGUGUUUCGUCUUCUCGGGCAUCUCGUCGAUAAUGAACAGGAAACAAUGCAUACCUUUGUCCGUAAGCAGAAAACUCUUCAAUUCGAUUGGUCAUUGGAUACCAGUGGCAUCGCUAAUUGCUUUGGGUUAUGUCAGCGCGGAAGGUGCUACGAUAGCCAUUGUGCUGCUCACCGUAACAGUUGGUGUCAAUGCCGCACCCUAUUUGGGCUUCCAGGUUAAUCACAUUGACUUGUCGCCAAACUUUGCCGGUAUUCUGAUGGGUAUCACCAAUUGUGCGGCGAAUAUUAUGAGUAUUAUAGCGCCACUGAUUGUUGGCUUCAUCGUCACCGAUGAGCAUGAUCCAAAUCAAUGGCGCAUCAUUUUCUUCAUUGCCGCCGGUUUCUAUUUCGUCGGCAAUUUGCUAUUCAUUAUCUUUGGUAGCACCGAUGUGCAAUCAUGGAAUGACCCACAACCAAAGCCUUCACCGGAGAAACGCAAUUCUACCCAACUUGAAUCACAGCAUUAGACACGUAGGCGCUCUGUACAGUAGUGUAGUUUUGCCUCCGUUUUUUUAUUUCAAUUUUUGUUUGUUUAUUGUUCGUAUCAAUAUGAUACAUUGUUAUCGCUUGUCUGCAUUUGUCUGUGUAUAAUUUAAGUUGUU